AUGAGUGAAGGGAGUACACACAGUGCCAAUGAGGCUACUACUGACAAUAGUCUCCAGGAUUUGGGAAUCAGAUUGGUGGAACAAUCAUCGUUAGAACACAAGAUUCAAGCAAAUGCAAAUAAGAUGAUUACUGAGAAAGAGAUUGAAUCAGAUAUUAAAAGAUUUGAAAAAUCUAAACAGCAGUUAAAUAAAAUCAAUUUUGAAUUAAGAAAACUUCAUGAUAGAUUGAACAAUCCAAGAACCAAGAUUUCUCAGAAGGAAGAGCUUCGAAAGCAUAUCAAAGAAAUGACAGAAACACAACUUAAACCAACUGAAUCUGAUAUAAUAGAUAUUGAAAAACGAUUGAGAAACAAUAAAGCCGUUGCUGAAAGUACUGGUGUCUCUACAGAGGAUGGUGGUAGACUUCCCAAUGAAACUGAGAAAGAUUUUUUAAUAAGGACAGGUAAAAUAACUGCUUUCGGUAAUACUGCUGGUUUCGUUGUUGAUGAAGAUAAAGACCAUAUAGCUCCACAUGAGGUGGUAUCUCACCAAAAUUUAAGAAUACCCGGAUUUUCUCAAGUUAAUGAAGGUGAUUCUAUUGAAUCUGAUGAUUCGAAUGAGGAAGAUGUAUACAAAAGAAAAAGAAAAUAUGAAAGUGAUAAUGAAUAUAAUAGUGAAGAGGAAGAUGAUGCAGCUGAAGAUGAUGGUGAUUCUAAAAAGCCAAAAUUAUUGACCGAAGAUGAUAUAAGAAAUACCGAUGACGGUAUAGAGUCGUUUUAUCAAGAUCGAUUAAAUACGUGGGUAUACAGAAGAUCACAACUUCGAAAAGGUUCAAAAGAUAAUACUGACCAAGAUAAAGAAGAGUGGUUCAAACCUCACCCAAGUUUACCAGAUGCUAUUUUGAAUUCUGAUUUCAAAGUUUCCGGGGAUAUAUACCCUUCGUUGUUUGAUUAUCAAAAAACUGGUGUUCAAUGGUUAUAUGAAUUGUAUCAACAAAAGCAUGGUGGUAUAAUUAGUGACGAAAUGGGAUUAGGUAAAACCAUUCAAAUUAUUUCUUUUUUAGCUGGUUUACAUUAUUCUGGUAAACUUGAUAAGCCUAUAUUAGUAGUGUGCCCUGCAACUGUCAUGACACAAUGGGUUAAUGAAUUUCACACUUGGUGGCCACCCUUUAGAACCAUGGUCUUACACUCUAUUGGAACUGGUAUGUCAAAAAAUUCGGUUAAAGAAGAAGAUUAUGAAAAACUACUUUUAAAAGAAGGCGAUGAAGUUAUGGAUGAAGAUUCAAGUUUAAGAUCAAUCAAGAAGAACUCAAAUGUUAAUGCUAUAAUGGAUACACUUUUAACCAAAGGUCAUGUUGUCAUUACUUCCUACGUGGGUCUCAGAAUUUAUGAAGAACAGUUAUUGAAUGUUGAUUGGGGUUAUGCUGUUUUGGAUGAAGGUCAUAAGAUUAAGAACCCUAACUCUAACAUCACUAUUUUAAGUAAAAGGUUGAAAACAUACAAUAGAAUAAUUUUGUCAGGUACACCAAUUCAAAAUAAUCUAGUUGAGCUUUGGUCAUUGUUUGAUUUCAUUUUCCCAGGAAGACUUGGAACACUACCCAUAUUUCAAGAUGAAUUUGAGACACCCAUCAAAGUUGGUGGAUAUGCAAAUGCAAGUAAUUUGGAUGUCAAGAUUGGUUAUCAAAAAGCAGUUAUAUUGAAAGAAUUAAUUCAACCAUUUUUGCUAAGAAGAGUUAAAAUGGAUGUUGCUAGAGAUUUACCAUCCAAACAAGAAUUUGUCUUGAUGUGUCGUUUGACACAGUACCAAAAAGAGAAAUAUUUAGAAUUUUUAAGAUCUUUUGAAAUAAAGAUUCAUUCUUAUUUAGGUGCUAUAGAUCUGUUGAGAAAAAUAUGUAAUCAUCCUGAUCUUGCUGACAUUCAUUAUAUGGAGGGACAAAAGGGGUACGGUGAUCCUGCAAAAUCUGGUAAACUACAAGUUGUGAAAUCUUUGUUAACACAAUGGAAACAAGAAGGUCAUAAAGUUCUACUUUUCACUCAAACGAAGCAAAUGAUGGUUAUUUUAGAAAAGUUCUUGAAAAAUUCAUUCAAAGAUUAUAGAUAUAUGAAAAUGAGUGGUGAAACAGGUAUUGGUAAAAGACAAGAUAUGAUUUAUUCAUUCAAUAAUGAAGGUUAUGAUUUGUUCUUGUUGACCACAAAAGUUGGUGGUUUAGGUGUCAAUCUUACAGGAGCUGAUCGUGUGAUUAUUUUCGAUCCAGAUUGGAAUCCUUCAACUGAUUUACAAGCUAGAGAGAGAGCAUGGAGACUUGGUCAAAAGAAAGAAGUUUUAAUUUACAGAUUAAUUAUUGGUGGUUCCAUCGAAGAAAAAAUUUAUCAUAGACAAAUCUUUAAACAACUUUUGACAGAUAAAAUCUUGAAAGAUCCAAACCAAAAGAGAUUCUUCAAAAAUAGUGAACUUCAUGAUUUAUUCACACUUUCAGAUUUUGAUGAUAAUUCAGAAACUGGUAACCUUUUCAAAGAUACUAGAAGAAGAAAAAAUCAAGAUGAUUUAGCGAAAAUUCAAGAUAUAAAUGCAGUCACCAAGAUUGAGAAGUUCAAAGAUAAUUCACAAAAAGAGACAGAGGAUGAAAGAUUAUUAUCGGGUCUCUUCAAAAACACUGGAGCUGUUACACAAGCAAUUAAACAUGAUGACAUUGUUAAAACACAUUCAAGGCCAAAAGAUGAUUUGUUAGAACGUGAAGCCAGAAAAUCAGCAAAUGAAGCAUUAGAGGCAUUGAAAAAAUCAAGAAAGCAAGUUAAAAGAGCUGGAUUAGGGGUUCCAACAUUUACAGGGAAAUUUGGAUUAGCUGGUAGAACUGCAUCACCAGCUUUAGGUAAUAGAAGUAGAGUUGGUUCACCUUCCCCUUUUGGCGGAAAUUCAAAACAAAGUUCCUCUUCAAUUUUAUCAAAUAUCAAAAAGAAUAAAGAAGCAAAUGCUACACAAAGUUCACAUGGUUCAGAAUUGAAUAAGAAUUCAAAAAUCAUUGAUGAAAUGAGAAACUUUUUAGCUAAUCGUGAUGAUAAUUUUGCUAAAUCUGGUGAAAUUUUAGAUGCUGUUUCAUUGGAGAUUGUUGACAAAAAGGAUUUAACACUCGUUAGAUCAAUGUUGAAAGGUAUAGCUAACUGGGAUGCUUCCAAAUCUGGCUGGACAUUAAAGGGUGAAUUUAAAUAG